AUGGCCACGACACUGCAAUCCACGUACAAACUGGUCUCGGGGUUUGAGAUCCCGGUGGUGGGGUUCGGGGUCGACAGCGCGAAGGUCUACGGCAACGAGAAAGAAUCUGCCUCUGCAAUCCGGCAGUCUGGCCUGCCCCGCUCGCAGAUCUUCUACACGAGCAAGGUGCCCAAGUCGCUGAUGGGCUAUGAGAAGGCCAAGCAGGCGAUCGAGGAGAGCAUUGCGGCUGCGAAUUUGGGGUAUAUCGAUCUGUACGGCCCCUCCCCUUUUCUACCCUCCUCCCCCCUCUUAGGUGCCAAAAAUAGAGAAAACUAA